UACUUGUAGUAAUUGUAUAUAAACUAUUUAUCUUUACCAGUAAAAGUAACAAUGAUCAUUAUAAACUUAUUAAUCUGGUGUUAUUUAAGUUUUGUAGUGUGUAUUUCUGCGGAUGAAAUCUGCUCCACAAAAGGUCAGAAAGGCAACUGUAUUUUAUUAAGAAAUUGCCCUUCAUUAUUUAAACUAUUCCACAAAGGAAGAACUCAAAGUGAUAAUGAAAAGUUAAAAAAAGCGGAAUGCGGACAAUCAAAAGUUUGCUGUGAAGAUCAAGUAUCUGCAAGUGAAGAUCAAGUUGCUGCAAGUUUAACACCUAUUUCAAAAUUUUUACCAACCUAUAAACAAUGUGGCAUUGAUUUUGGCAAUUUUAAAAUUAAAGGUGGUGAAGAAACGGGAUUAAAAGAAUUUCCUUGGAUGGCAAUGCUAAUCUAUCUUUUGGAUAAUUGUACUAAUAAAACUAGAAAUUGUGAAGUAACUUCUUGUGGUGGGGUGUUGAUUAGUAAACGAUAUGUUUUAACUGCCGCUCAUUGCUUUCAAAUGCAUUGGAAAAAAUUAGUAAAAGUUCGUCUUGGUGAACAUGAUACUACUCAACCGAUCGAUUGUAUUAAAAAUCAAGGAUGUAAUAAUCCUCCCGUCGAAAUUCAAAUCGAAAAAAUCAUCGCCCAUCCUAAGUACAAUGCAACUGACAUAGACCAACAAAAUGAUAUUGCAUUGAUUCGAUUGGCUGCGAAUGUUGAAUUCAGUGACUUCAUUCAGCCUAUCUGUAUACCCAACACCAAUAAAGAAAUAAAAAUAGGUGGAAAAUUAUCACCUAUGUGGGCCUCUGGUUGGGGUGCUACUGAAACAGGUCCUUAUAGUAAAAAAAAAUUGAAAUUGAAAUUGAUGCACCAAGAUACAACAAUGUGUCAAAAAAAGUUCGGCAAUAUGCGAAAAAUUUCUGACAGAAUACAAUUUUGUGCGGGAGGAGAGAAAGGCAAAGACACGUGUAAUCGUGAUAGUGGUGGGCCGAUUAUGUGUCCAUAUGGAAUAGAAAAGGAUGUGAAAUGGUUUACUACAGGUAUUGUUUCCUAUGGUCCAGAUCCAUGUGGUCAAGAAGGCAAGCCAGCUGUCUAUACCCGAGUAAAUGCCUAUACGGAUUGGAUAAUUGACAAUUUAAAAGAAUAAGUCAUACUUGGAGAAACCAGAAAAUUAACCAUCUUAGUAUACAACCUACGAAAUAAAAAUAUUAAAUUUACCUAGAAAUUUUUUUUCAACUUCUUAAUUAUAAGAUUGUUUAACCUCGCAUUAGUUCACUUAACGAAAGUCCAGUACUUUCGUGAAUAAAAAAGUCCUGUGUAAGGCGAAUUAUGCCAAUCAGGAAAUUUCGUAUCUCAAAGUUAGAUUUUCGAUUUAAAAUAAAAUAGUUAUGUAUUUAGGAAUUCUAGAUAAUAAAAAGAGCAUGUCGAUUAUCCGGUUAUGAGCGAUAUGUAAAAUGUCCAAAAAGCUUUAAUGAUUUUACACUGGGUUAAAGAGAAGGAUUUUUAACAAAUCCUGAAUGUUAAUUUGCUUAAUUUAUUUAAUUUAUUUAUUUAAUUUAAUAGAAAAUUUCCAGUAAAUUUUUCGAUGUACCAAAAAGACGUCGAAUCGAUAGGGGCCAAAAAAAAAAAUAUUCCAAUAUUAAAAUAUUUACAUUUAAAAGAGUUUUGCAAUAAAUAUACUCGCUUUAAAAAAUUGUGUCAUUAAAACACUUCAGAAUCGUGCGCCAUAAAUCAUGACGUCAUCUGUUAUGACAAUUCAUAGUAUACCAAAGAGUUUAUACAGCUAGAGAACGCCAGGGCCCAAAACUUGCGAUAUGAUGAAUGAGAGAGAAGACAGCCAGUGAGUUCCACUGUCUAAUCUAUAUGUCAUUGGCUACAUAUUGUUUACAUCAUUGCUUUUAAGUAAAUAAUUAAAAAGCGAUUUAUGAAAUAUUAUUUAAUACGUUAUAAUGUCUUGGGCAGACACAAAUCACGAUUUUUAUCUAGUGAUCACUCUAUUCACACUUCUUAUUAGAACUGAUAAUAGUUAAACUUAGGACGCUA